UUGGCUCGAAUCCACGCUCAUGUUCGCGUAAAUAAAUCCGAGCGCGCGCACACAUGGACGCGAUGAAGCGAGCGAGCGCGGCGUUCUCCGGGAGAGCAGAAGCACCUGUGCGCCGCUGAUGGAGCUCGCGCUUCCGACGCCUGGCAGCAGGUGAGCUCAUCUACACAAAGAAGCGUGAUUAAACACAGAAGAGCUGAAGUCUGCUUACUCUAGUGCUGCUGAGCGCGAGUGAAACCCGUCACGAGCAUCCGGGUCACCUAACAGACGCAAGGCUGUGAGCGGGCGAUCAGAGACACUUUCUUUGGUGAUUGUUGGUAAUGAAAAGGAGCAGCUCCUCUGCCAGCUGGCGGGUCUCCAGAUGUGUGUGGCUGCUGAUUGGAGGAGGCUGUACUGGUGGGUGGUGCUCCAGUGGGUAGUGGGCGUGGCUUUAUCAGGACCCUGCGCCCAGCGCUGCGACUGUUUGCCAAAGCUCCUGAUAGCGAACUGUUCAACAAGACAACUGUCUUCCAUUCCCACCGGCAUCCCUGACAACACCCUGUCGCUUAACUUGACCGGUAACCACUUAAAGACUCUGUCCAGGCGGCAGUUCCCUGGCCUCACACGGUUACGCGAGCUGGACCUCAGCAACAAUGAGCUGACAAUGAUCGAGGUCCAAGCCUUCGCCGGCCUGCAGAACCUCCUCACGCUCAGAUUAUCCCGCAACCGGCUGAAGAUCAUCCCAGUGGGAGCCUUUUCCGGCCUCCCCAACGUUCAGUUUCUGGACAUCAGCCAGAACGAGAUCUUGGUGUUCCUGGACGACAUGUUCCGAGAGAUGCCGAGUCUCCAGAGUCUGGAGGCCAGCGAGAACGACCUGGUGUUCAUCUCCAGCCGCGCCUUCAGUGGCCUGACCAACCUGCAGGAGCUGAACCUCGACCGGUGCAACCUGACCUCGGUGCCGAUCGAAGCCCUGUCGCAGCUCACCGGACUCAUGCAGCUGCGCUUCCGCAGACUCGGACUCACCACGCUUCCCAACAACUCGUUCCGCCAGUUGGGACGCUUGCGGGAUCUGCAGGUGUCUCACUGUCCUUGGUUGAACUCGUUGGCCGCCAACAGUCUGUUCGGACUCAAUCUCACCUCGUUGACGCUGAGCCACUGCAACCUGAGCGCCGUACCGUAUUCCCCGCUGCAUCACCUCGUCUACUUGCGAUACCUGGACUUGUCCUACAACCCAAUCACUGCCAUCCGUUCCAACCUCCUUGGAGAUCUGCUACGACUCCAAGAGCUGCAUCUAGUCGGUGCCGGGCUCCUACGAAUAGAGUCUGGGGCUUUCCGCAACCUUGCAUUUUUCCGGCUCCUUAAUGUGUCGGAGAACCGUCUGGCGACGCUGGAGGUGUCAGCCUUCCACUCGGUCGGUACUUUAGAGGUCCUUCGGUUGGACGGGAACCCGCUGGCGUGCGAUUGUCGGCUUCUCUGGGUGAUGCUCAGACGCCCGUGGCUUCUCUUUGAAGGGCGUUCGCCGGCUUGUGUCACACCUGUGCAGGUGCAAGGCAGGACUUUCGGUGACUUUACGGAGGUUGAGAUUCCCAGGGUGUUCACCUGCCGGCAGGCUCGCAUCCUUACGCGUAAACCGCAAGACGUUCGGACGGACGAAGGCCAUACGGUGUUGUUCUUCUGCGCGGCUGACGGAGACCCGGCGCCGUUGAUUAUCUGGCUGAAUCCCAAACGCUCGGUGCUCACCGGCUCGGGCCGGAUUCGCGUGCUCUCCAACGGGACCCUAGAGGUGCGUUACGCGCAGGUUCAGGAUAGUGGGUACUAUCUGUGCAUCGCUUCGAAUGCUGCGGGGAACGACAGCAUCUCUGUGAGCCUGCGGGUGCGAGGGUUUCCGGCGUCCGCUCGCAACCGCUCCGGAUCCUUCUUUCUGGAAGGCUGGAGCUUCACUUCCGGGCAAGCGGCGGUCAACGGAUCGCAGCCGUUUCCAUUCGACGUGAAGACGCUGGUGAUCGCGGUUACCAUGGGGUUCCUGUCGUUCCUGAGCUCGGUGGCCGUCUGUUUCAUCUUCAUGUUUUUCUGGAGUCAGAGCAAAGGGCAGAUCAAACACACAGCGACUAUCGACUUCGUGCCGCGCAGCGCUGCGACGGCGUCUGGAGGCGGACGGAGCACGAUGGAGACGGGGAGGUUCACCAUGAAGCUGAUCUGAAGACUACAAACAUGAGAUGUUUGAGGUGCUACUAGAUAUCCAGAGUUUUCCCAUAAGCUUCAGCAUUAGGGUAAGAUGUAUGAAACUUGUUUUCCAAAUGUCGGUCACUGCACAAUAUCACUUUUCCUCAGUAUUUUUUUGUCUUGUUUCCCAGUACAAAUAUGCAAGAAUUCUUAAAUUAAGAUACUUUUAGUGAAGAUGCAUAAUGAUGAAGUGAGUGAUUAAAACAAGAACAAACAUCUGCCACAGGGAGAUUAAGAGCUGGCUAAUUCAAAGGGUAAACAGGUUGUUUUUUCAGAUCUCAUUGGCAGAUAAUUGUUCCUAAUUUUAUAAGUGCAGUAUGUAAUAUUGACAGCUAGUGGUUGAAAUGAGUACUACAGUCCGAAUUCAUACUAUUGGAGUUUUCUUAUGCUCCCUCCUCCUCAGACUCGACGCUCACAUGGGUUGCCAGUUUGGGGACAUGCAGGAGUGAGCGCAAUUGUCAGCGGAAGGUGACGAGCCUUAGUUGAUUUAUAUCUGUGUUUAAGUACGCCUCUGGUCUUAAAGCAUUUCAGACAGAUGCCGAGGCUCUUUAGGUCGGCUGGAAUCUGCGAUCUCUGGUUUCCAUGGCUCCAUUACGUUGUGUUUUCUGCCAACUGGCAACUCUGGCUGUCGAGAUCCUAUUGGGUGAACUGGAAGUGGGCGGAGUCACACAGACCAAAACAAAAACAGACAUUCCGACACGGAACACACAUUUCAAAGCAGAAUAACUGGCUGGAGUUGUUUUUUCGAGGGAACACAUUUGUGAAUUUAUCAUGUUUCCCAAAUAUAUGCAAAUAUAUUACGGUAUUUUUUUGUAUUAGCACAGUCAAAAAAUGACCUACGGCACCUUUAACCCUCCUAUUGUUUCACGUGUCGUUUUGACCCAUGUUUGAGUUUUAAACUGCUUCUCUAACACGCCACAAUAGAAGUUUUCUGUGCUUGAAUGAAUCUUUAGUGUUGAUUUUUUUAGUGAAUUGCAUGGAAACCAAUGCGGGUCAAUUUGAAAAAGCAACAAACGUCACAAACUCACUUCAUUGUGAUCAGUUUCUCAGAAAACAAGACAACUAAUCUCUAGUGAAUGUAUCUUAAUUUAAGGACAUUUAGAUAUUUGUACUGGAAAACAAGACAAACAUACAGCGAAAGACCAUGAUCUUACGGUCCAUGCUUUUCCUGUUUUACACGUCUCUCACUUUGGUGUCUCAAUUAUUUGAGUUUAUUUCUGCAUUUUUGAGUUUGGGUUAAAUUUUCUUGUCAUUUGGAUUUCCUAAAUUAGAUUCCUGAUUAUCAAGUUUGUAAUAAUUCAGGUUUGUGAGAUAAUAAUGAGCGUUUGAAACUCUUUUAAAAGGUUUUGAGGCUUUAAAUCAGAUCAUUUUAGCAUGAGCUGCAUGAACGCAUGUGUGAGACGCUCUGAUCACAUUAUUAGCAUCUAUAAAUUAGAGAAAAUAAGCAAUAAUGAAGCUUUAAUUGAACAGACAAGAACAUGAGAAAAGAUCUCAGGGUAGUUAAGCUUCAGUCAUGUUCGGUAAAUCCUGAAGUCAUUAUAUGAUUUAUUCAGUGUAUUAAAUGACAGAAAUAUUGAAUGCGUUGCAUCUCAGGAUUGUGUGAAUGUCUGGAAAGAUUGCACGUGUAUUUGUUCGUUAAUAUUGCUGAUGAUGCUUUACACACAACUGCAGCCAGAGCUGUUUGAUGCAAACUGUGUGUUUGUUUGGAAAAUCACUUAUGUAUUUAUGAUUACAUGGCUUUAACUGCUUUAUGCAAUCCACCUCAAAGCAAUAGCGUCCCAUCAUGCACUGCUGUUCAUGAGCAUAAACGAUUGUUUGAUAAGUGUUUGAUAAAAGUGGUUUGUUCUUGAACUCUAAUGAAUCUCAUUAUGAAGCAUCUCAUGUCUGUCAUUUGUUUUAAAAAUGUCAUGUUUUUUAUUCUGUUCUAAAGACACUUUGAAAUGUAGAGUUUGAGAACAGCUGCGUUCGUUUGAUUAAAUAUUUUUAUUUAGUGUUUUUACUGCUCUUUUUUCACUUUUAAAUGAUCCAUAUACAUUAGAUUUUUUUUCCCAUGUAAAAUCAUCUUAAUGGCUGUCCUUUUAUUUAAUAACAAUGAAGUUUUGCUAAUUCUGUAAGAAGUGGCUGCCAAAAGCAUUAAAGUUAUCUUGAAAUAA